AUGACUUGUGAAAGUGAAUAUUCAUUUAUAUGUUUAUCUAGUAAAAAAGAGUAUCAUUGGUUAUGGAUCCUAUUACCUAUUAGUCUUCUGAUUGUUUUUCUUCUUUAUAUAUUUUCUCAUCCAAAUUAUGCAAGAUUAUCAUCAUAUACUUAUCAAUCAAUCAAUCCAACAAAAAAUUCCCUUAAUUUACGUCCACUAAAACAAGAAAAUGAUGUAUUUAAUCAACAAGUUAAAUAUUCAAUGCCUGAAGUAUCAUCGAAAUUUCUAUUUGAACAAUCGAAAGAAAGAAUAAUACCAAAGAAUAAUACUCGUGAAUUGAAUAAUCUAACUUCUUCUCCUGAACUGUUAGAUCAUCCAUCAAUUAAUAAUUCCAAUGAUGCUUCUAUUAAUCAAUGGAAUGAAUUACGUACACCUGUAUUAGCAAAUUAUCCGGAUCUAAUUGAUGCUGCAGAAGCACGUCGAAUACAUACGGAAUCAUAUUCUCGAAAUAAAGAUCAUCCAUUAUUAUCCGAUGAUAUUAUUAGAUUAAUUAAGAAAGGUUUCGGUGAAUCUGAUCCAUAUCCAACUAAGAAUAAUCUUGGACGAAUAUGGUUUUUUCUUGAAUAUAAUCCAUAUUUAAGACAAUUAUAUUUAACAAUUAUUAAAGCACGUUGUCUUCGUUCGAUGACAAAUUGUGAACCAACAACAUUUGUUCGAGCAGAAAUCUUACCGAAAUUAAAUCUUUCAUUUUCAACAGAUAUUAUUAAAGAAAAUUCUAAUCCAAAUUAUAUGACAGAAACAAUAUUUAAUAUAAAUCUUUCUGAAUUUUCAUAUAAUAUACUUAAAUUAACUGUACAUGAAGUUGAUAAAGAUGUUUUUCAUACACCUAUUGGUACUACAUAUUAUCCUCUUGAUCAUUUACUUAUUGCACAACGUGCAAAAGGACAUGCUGUAUGGAGAAAUUUGUUUCCUGAAUAUGGUGAUCCAUCAGCUAUUGGUCUUAUUCAAAUUCGUGCUACUGUUUUUUAUGAUGCUAAAAACGAUUGUUUAAAUAUCUAUGUUCAUUCAUUACGUGCAACAGGUGUUGUUAAACAAGCUUAUCAAGUUUAUGUACAUGCAUCAGUUGCUAUACAUGAUUCUCCUAUUAUACCUCAAGAACAUCUAGAAUCUUCUCAUAGUAAAUAUGGUCCAAUUGUUUCCUUGGAACAAUAUAAUGAUACAAUUUAUGAUCAAUUAUUUCGAUUUACGGUUUAUAAACAUGAAUUUAAUGAAAUGACUGUUGUCUUAGAUGUAUAUCGUCGUUCAUUAGGUGAAGAAUUUUUUAAUGAUAUUCUUCUUGGACGUACUGUAGUUGUUUCACCAGAAAUGUUAACAAAAAAUUUAAAUACUGAAAUACAAUCACCAUCAAAUAUAACAGAAGAAUCUCCAUUAAAUCCAGAUAAUGAAAAAAAAAUUGAACAGAAGAAAAAACAUAAAAAAAGAAAUAUAUCGAUUAAAUAUAAUAAAUGA